AUGGGCUCAUUAUCACUGUGCUCAUGUUUCAAGGCCCGUACGAUCUCGACCGUCUCACGACCGAUGCUACAGUCAUCGCAGGACAUCUCUGAUAAUGACUAUGAAGAUGAUGCGCCAACACAAUUAGUGAGCGAUGAACCCACACUCAGCAAAGAGGAGCAAGAACGAAUACGGGCGGAGCGCGAAGAGGAAGAGCACAAGAAAACCUUCAAAUGUAUGUAUUUGUGGCACGAUGCGUGGCGUAUCACUUUAACGCAAAACAACCGACGGAUAUGGCCCGACGUCAGAUUUCAAGCCUUUUUAAAAGGUGAAACGAAUAUCGCCACGGACGAGGCUUUUGCAAAAGCAAUGCACAGCUAUUGCGAGGUUUUCCUCAAAUCGGAACGGGUUCAAAAAGUGGUUGCUGCCGGUGGAUUUUCUAUGCAUGACUUUCGAGAGGUUUAUUCAGCGAUCUGUAACGUCGAAAUCGGAUUCGCUCGCCUGCAGAUAUUGAGGCCUAUCCAUAAUACUGUACUGAGCUCUUGGAUGACAAAGUUCGACACAAUCACCAAAGGGGACGAAGAAACACAAGGACGUACUGCAAGGUGGGCAAAUGAAAUGAGAGCCAUAAAUCGAGCCGUGACUGAAGAGGCCAUUAAAGGCACAUUCUGCGAAAUGAGCCCUUACUCGGCGGGGUGGAUGCUGAUUAGAUCUUGGGACUAUCAACCUCUCCAAAGCUUCUGA